AGAAUAGAGAGAGAGAGAGAAAAAAAACACUACUACGUUACACAUCACAAUAUCACAUGCAAAUAGAAACGAAAAGAGAAAGAGUUAGUUUUCAAAGAGAAGCAUAAGUGAAUGAAAAUGGCACAAGCGCAACCAGAAGAGAAGAUCCAUGAGAAAUCAGAGAAGGAAAUUCAAGAAACGAGACAUUCUAGCUUCAAAUUCAAUGCCCAGGCUCCUGAAUUUGUUCCGAGAUCGCAUUCGCAGAUGCCAAUUUCGGGUUAUUUCUACCCUUGUUUCCAGAUUCUCGGUGCCUCUGGUGAAUCUGAUUGGUUUUACGUUGGGGACCAGGAUUCUGCUUGUUUGAUCCCCACCACCGCCAAUGUUGCACUUCCUAAUUGCUCCAAGAAUGUACUCACCCCUGAUCUCCAGCAAAAGAUUGUCAAACAGGUGGAGUAUCAGUUUAGUGACAUGAGCUUGCUAGCAAAUGAAUCUUUCCAGAAACAGAUGCAUAAGGAUCCUGAAGGUUAUGUUCCAAUAACUGUGAUUGCUUCCACAAAAAAAGUCAAGUCUCUUAUUAGUAACAUUCAUCUGCUCACCCAAGCUCUUCGUAAUUCUUCAAAACUUGUUUUGAGUGUUGAUAGUAAAAAGGUUAAACGCAAACAUCCUUUCACUGAUAAGGAGAAAGAGGAUUUGCAGUCUCGUACUGUUGUAGCAGAGAAUUUACCUGACGAUCAUUCCCAUCAAAAUCUUCAGAAAAUAUUUUCUGUAGUUGGGAGCGUGAAAACAAUCAGAAUAUGCCAUCCACAGGAACCUAACUCUUCUCGCCCAAAAUGCGAAUUCUUAAUCAGUAACAAGCUCCAUGCACUAGUGGAAUAUGAGACACAAGAUAUAGCUGAGAAAGCUGUUGAGAAGUUGAAUGAUGAAAGGAAUUGGAGGAAAGGGAUGCGAGUGAGACUGCUGCUUAGAUGCUCACCAAAAUCUGUUUUGAAGAGUAGAAAGUCAGAUUUUGAUGGUUAUUUAGAUGAUGAAGAGAUUCUAAAUUCUGAAGCUACUGAAGAUUCUUCCCAUCCAAACAACACUGAAUUAUCUGAUAAUGUUGAUGAAAAUUCAGCAGGAUCUAAGAAAGGAUGGGCUAGAGGGCAUGGAAAAGGAAGAGGACGCACUCAAAACCACACUGGACGUGGCCUUCUCGCCCCACCAUCACAAACAAGCAACCAUGUCCCCUGUGAAGUAUCCACCAUCAAAAUCACAAAGGGACCAAGAAUGCCAGAUGGUACACGAGGUUUCGCCAUGGGAAGGGGCAAGCAAAUGAGUCCUCCUACUCAACCCAGUUCACCUCAAGAGUAAUGAGCACUCUUGAAAUUUUCCCUUAUGCUCCUGAAUUUUAGGAAAUUUCAGUGUAUUUCUCAUCACCGUACUCCAGAGCAGCAAAAUGGUUUAAAAGUCCUAUUGUGUGGGCUUGUAGGGUAAUUCUAAUCUUUAGAUGUUUUACAAAUUUUGUAAUAAAGUCAAAAUGUAUAGUGUUAUAUGGUA